AAGAAUCACGCACGUUUUUAAAUGGAACCGGAUUUUAACCGUGAUCACUAAUCACGAUUUUUAUUUGUUGACACGGUGGUGGCUGUCAAUUUGCGUCAUGGAAUUUUAUUAUAUAAUUAAACUGUUAUUUUAAUAUCACCAUACAUAUGAUUUUUUUUCUUUCAUUUUAAUGUUUUAUGUAUGUCCGACGUGUUCUUUUUUUAUAGAAUUCAGAAAGAUGAUAUCGUUAAAAAUGUUCUGUCGAAUCAAUGAUUAUUAUAAAUAUUAUUUAUGAACGCUUUUGUUAAUCUGUUAUUUGUUGAAUCAGUAUUUCUUUGUUAAAAAAAGAUGUUCUUAAGCACUUUUCGCCUUCACAAAGUUAUUUACUUUUAAAUAAAAUUAAUGUGAACUUCUCACAAAAGCAAUGUGUCAACACAUUCUACUUAAAGAUAGUGUUUUACAAUUAUUAUUGCUGAUCUGGUAAACUGUCAUUGCUAGUUAUGUUACAGUGUGACAAAUGUGAUGGGUAACAACAUUAAAAAAGGUAACUCAAGUAUGGAAAGUAAUGCAUCAGACAUGUACGAUGAUUCUAAUGAAUUAAUAAUUGAUGAGGAGGCCUGUGCAAGUAUGACUGAGACACCUGAUGCAGAAGGUAAUUCUCUUCUCAUGACAUCAGAAGAUCCAUUUAUGGCUGUUGCCUCUAAAGUGUCUGAUGUAUCAGAGUUUGCUGAAGUUGAUACACAGACCACUGAAGUGCCAAUUAUAAAUGACUCACCUGAUAAUUUAGACAUGAUAGACUCCUCCGAGAUUGUUGAUGAAUUCGAUUCCUUACCCUCUAGUCCUGAUUUGCCUGAAUUGCCAGAUCUAAUAUCUACAAAUUCUGAUCUUGCAGAACAAUUACACUAUUCAGACUUGGUGAAGAAAUGUAGACGACCUUGUUGGGUCAAAUUGGAGCGACUCUCUCAAGCUGAAAUUGAUAAGCAUACAUCUUACAUUGAUGUAGAAUAUCAAAAGAAGGUGCGUCAUGCUAGACGACUAGCUAGACAUAAAAUAGCUGCAGAUAAGUUUGAAGAAUACAAAAACUAUAGACAAGAUUUUAUUCAUAAGAAGCGCUCUAGGGAAUGGUCUUUUGAAAAUAAUGAUUUCGAAUCCUCUAGUGAUGAAUACAGGCCAUCAGAGUCCCUCAGUUCAGGGAAGAGAAAGAAGCGAAAAAAAUUGCCUUAUGAAGAAGAUAUAGAUUGGAGUCCUACUCUGGAUCGUGAUGCAGACAUUAACGCUUGGAGACAUACAAGUUCAAGGCAAAAAAAGUAUGAUAAGCUUAGAAUCACAACUAGAAGGAGAAGAAUUGAAUCAGAUCCAGAUUCGGACUCAUCAGAUUUUGAUUACGAGACUUACAUGUAUAAUUAUGAGGAAGAAGAGGAAAAAUCUGAAAAUCCUGAAUCAUCUGAAGAUGUAAAUGCUCCUAAACUUGAAGAUAUUUAUGAUCCAAGAAAAAGUUACGACCCACCUCCUAAAAAGAAACCUAAACUUAAACCUAAAAAAGUUGAAGCAAUUGCAGAGUCACAUCAAAACACAAUGAUUGAUAGUGAUGUGUUAUCCCGGAUCAUGCAGGAAAUGGCCGAUUACAACAUGAAGAAUACAAAAGAUACCAAAGUGGUUCGCACUAUUUUAAAUGGAGCAACCACAAAACAAUCCUGUUCAAAAUCCACUAAAAAUAACUCCGCCAAACGUGGAAGAACUGGUAUUAAACAUACGAAUGACAUUUUGCCACCUUCAGUAACCACUGUGCAAAAGCUAAUUUCCAACAUGGUUGAUACAGUGUGCACUAUUGAAACUAAAAGAAUAGAAAGUGUAGAAAAAAGUAAGAUGAAAAAGUGCAGAUGGUGUAAAGUCUUAUUUCACAGUGAAAACAAGAAAGAUAUUGCUUGCGUCAUUUGUAAGGACACAAUUAGUCCUAAUGCAUUGAUGGUAAAAAAACCUAAAGUCAAGAAAGGGGACCCCACUGGCAGUAAAGGAUCCAAAGGGGGAGCUUCGAAAAACAAAGUGAGGGAUAAAGUCUUGAAAACUUUAUCCAAAAAUGACCAGCAGAGAUUAAUAUAUUCUGACAAAGCAGUUAAAUUAUCAGUUGAUAAAGGGUACAAUCAUCUCAAAAGUCUUUCUCCUCCCAGGGAAACAGUCGAUAACGUAGACUGUUCUAUAAAAAAGGCCAUUAAGGUGAAAAAAGGAAAUAGCACUAAGAAAAAAAGCAAAGGUGUAUCUAAAUCUGAUGCAAGUUCAAUAGGGUUGACUAAAGUUCCUAAUCAAAUUCAAACAUCAAAAACUAAUAGUAUUGCUAUGACAAAUGUCGAUAAAGGGUUAUUUUUAAUGACAUUUCCAGAUCGUGAUGAAGAGCUUGUUGAAACUCCUAAUAACAAUGUCCUACCAUCUGCAUCUGAUAAUGAUAAAAAUAAUUUAAUUAAUAGUACAUCUCAGGUUACUAGUGCCAAAACUUCUGCAGGGGCAACCACUGAUGCAGGAGCUGCAGAUGAAAGUCGUGAUAAAUUUGAUAAGUAUUCAAUGCCAUCCGUUCCUACUGUAGUUGUUGCCAACUACUCUGCUUCUAAGACAAAGAAAGGUGAUUUUAUUCUGGAGAGUGUAUAUUAUCAAAAUAAAACAACACAAAACAAUAGCGUGACUAAGUUACCAAUGGGAAAGAAAGAUGAUAGUUGCGGAGAUUCUCCCAAGAGUACCAGCGUUGUUUCAAACAUUAAUAAUGUUUCUCCCCUCAGUAGCAAUAUUGCUCCUGGAAGUAUUAGUACUAAAAAUUCACUCAGCAUGCCUACUGUGAACCAGUUGUCAAUGAUACGUCAGCCCUUUCCAUAUAAUAAUUAUUCCAAUGCACUCUUAAAUGUAUCUGCUGGUGUUAAUAUUAGACCUUCAAUACCUCAAACCUCUUCUAAUUUGCCUAACAAUUUAGUAAUUAAUAGUGCUGUACCUAAUGUUAAGUUAAACACAAAUCUUCCUGUCACCAAUGCUAAUAGUAGUUUGUCUUUUUCAAAUGCUAAUUUUGCCAUCGGAUCUAAUAUUACAAGGCUUAUUAAUUCUGGUUUUCAAAUAACCCCGGCAUCUACAGGAAAUAGCAUUGCCAUCAGGCCUGUUAGAAUGGGUGUACCAAUGUCUGUAAACAACGUAUAUUAUACAAAUGAACCAAGCCUUUCUAGACUUAUCAGCAAUCAAGGACUUCAAAUUACACCUGCACCAUCGGAAAAUCUUCCCCUUAAUGUUAAUAAUAAUUUAUCCAAUAACACUGCUGUAAAUAGUGUCAAUACUUUUCCAUAUAAUAAUCAAAUUAACCCUCAAUUAUCUUUAGAUCCUGCCCAAUUUUUACUUGAUAAAUCCAUUAUAGUUCAGAACAUUAAUGCACCAAAUAUUUUGAAUACAGGAGGAACUUCUUUAAAUGCAAGAAAUAUAUCUUUGAAUACAGAAAAUGUUGGUUUAAACACAGGAAAUGUUGCAUUAAAUGCUGGCAAUGUUUCUUUGAAUGAAGGAGACAAAUCUUUAAACACUGGAAAUAUUUCAUUAAAUGCUAGCAAUUCAUCUUUAAGUAUAUCAGUUGAUUCUUUAAAUUCAGGAAAUAGUUCUUUAAAUGGUGAAAAUGUAUCUUUGAAUGAUAGAAAAACAGUUGCAGAUAAUUUAGUACAGAAAUCUCAGACCCCUGAUUUAAAUUUAAUGGAUGUUACCAAUUUGUCGCGAGGCUCAAUUACACCUGUUAGUGAAACUCAGCAGUCGGAAAAACUGAGUAGCUUUAAAACUACUGAAAAUGACUCCCAUCUUGAAAGAGAAUAUCGAGAGAUAGAAGCAUUAUCGAUUUUAAGUAUAAUGGACUUAGAAAAGAAUCCAAAAGCUGCACUUCUUCACCGCAUAGAUAUGAACAAUAAAUCUGUUGAAGAAUUAUCUAAAGAUAAAAGCAGACACAAUGAAUAUCUAAUUGCUCUGAAUGUGAAAGAAAUCUAUAAGAUAGCUAAGAAAUGGCUCACAAGAUUCGGAUCAUUCACUAGACUCUCCGAGCACUUUUUGAAAAAAGAAGAGGAAAAUACCCCUCUUAAGACUGCAAUUCAGAUAAAAAAAGAGCAUAUUGAUGAAGAGGAAGAAGAAAUGCCUGCCUGCCAAUUUUCUGAGAGUUCAUCUCACAUUGCACAGCCAUCCCCUCUUCCUGAUCUAUCGAAUGCUGGUGGAUUAAGUUUGAAUGCAUUUAAUACAAUAAAUGCAAUUCCUAAUAUAAACCAUAUAGCUAAUUUAGAGACUCAAGUUGACUCAAUUGCUGAUCAACUUAACUCAGCUGGUGUUGAUUGCACUAUUCCUAUUCCUGGUAUAACUGCAAUGUCUUCUAACAAUUCUCUAAUUCAGCAGAAUGUUCCUCGAAAUGAUAUGUUCCAUGAUUCUCGGGAGACUCCAUCUCGAGGUAGUGGUCCCAGAACACCUGCUCGUCCUGAAAGUGCAGCAUCCCAUAUAGAAGAGAGGGUCUUAACACCUGCUCAGAUUAAAAGAGAAAAAAUGGAAGCAACUAAUUCUUCCCCAUUUUCUCAAUGUUCUUUCUCCUCUAAUAAUCCAGCAAUUUCUCUACCUUCAGGUACUGAUCUUCAAAGUGUGCAACCUAAUGAACUAUCUCAAUUACUUUCUCAACCUUUCAUGUCUCCGAAUAUUGGAGCACCUAGUGUAGGGUAUACCAAUUCUGUGAUGUCUAGACCAAGUAGUUCAACACCAAAUAUUCCAAUGAUGUCAAAUUCUUACAUCAAUUCCAUGUCAAAUCAGUCACCAAAUAUUAAUCUAAGAACAUUGUCCCAAAACAUUAGUAGUGGUCCGCCAAGGUAUAUUGGACCUCCUGGUAUUGUGACCAGUAGUUCUAAUUAUAACAAUCUACAUGCUCAGAGUCCUCCAAAUUACCAAAAUCAAGUGCCUCCUAAUAGAACGGUUUCAUUCAACUCAAGCCAGAAUCUUACUAAAGUUCUGAUGGAUUUUGCUUCUCAAAAGACUCCUCAAAAUUAUAAUCCAAAGGCUGUGCCUGGUAGUGUAAAUACGAAUAUUGUAGCUGUCAGAAGUGGGCCGCAAGGACAGGUUUAUAUGCAGCCUCAACAACAGCCCGUUAAUCAAUUAUACAAUGUACAACAAGUGUAUCUUCCGAAUCAGUCUCCUCUAUUACAGCAGUCUUUAAAUUCACAACAAAGAGCUGCUCCUCAAUCGGCGAACCAAUAUAUUGUGAGGCAAAAUCCUAGUACUGUUAGUAGUACUUUGUCAGGAGGAUCAAUUCUUCUGAACAGUAAUACAUUAUCUACAAAUGCUAUGCAACAAAAUCUUUAUAUCCAGAACGCUGUAAAUAAUUUCCCUCAAGAUCAAAUGGCUCAAACAUUGAACACGGCAACUGUCCCGCAAUCUUCUUCACCAGGCUCUCAACUACCAUCUAGUGCAGCAUUUUUGAUGCAAAAUAACAAGCUUCCUGCUUCUGUUGGAGAAAUUAUCUCAGACAUGCUGUGUGCAAUGUGUGGAACAGUUGCUACACUAAGAUGUAAACAAUGUACAAAGGUUGCAUAUUGUAACCCUACAUGUGCUAAAUCCUUCUGGCAUUCAAAGCACAAACAUGAAUGUAAACCUCUUGAUGGUUCUGUGUGAGUGUAAUACAAAUAAAUACAUGUACUUCUUUAAUGAAUAUAUAGUCACUUUUAUGUAUAUUAUGUUUUGAAUUUUUUUUCUCUAGAGCUUAGGCACCUUACUUUGUUAAAGAUUUUACUAACGUUUGUUAUGUGAGUUGUCACUUACUAUCCUUCAUAAUAACAUUUUUUAAAAAAAUUUCUUGCAUAACAUGCCCUUUUCAGUAUCGAUUUUUGCAUUGUAAUUAAAUUAUGGGUAUGUGAGUAAUAUUCUAUUGUACAUACAAUUUUGUGAAACAUAAGCAUAUGCUUCAUUGUUGUCCCCCUUCUUGUGAUGUUAAGCAGUUUUGUUUUUUAUUGUUCCUUCCUUACUUAUAUUUUAGAAAAUACAAUUUUGCUACUUGUAAAAUAAGUACCUCAUCAUUUUUAUGUGUGCUUCCCUCCCACAUUAAAUUGAUCAUUCAUCGAAUUCACCCAUUUCUUAAUAUCAUUUUUGCAUCUUUUGUCAUUUAUAAACAUGGCACUCAUGUGUAUGUUAUACUAUAGUUUAGGAAUUUUAUUUCAUUAUACCUCUAUCUAUUUUAGUACAUUGUGAUGUUAAUCCAGUAUGGUGUUUCAUUUUUCAUUGUUUCUCCAUUAUUUUCACUUAUAUAUCUAAUUUUCUUUCUUUUGAAAUAUAUACAUUAUCAUUUUUAUGUAUACUUUUUUUCCCUGUAAAAUUGCCCAUCUAUAGAAUUGACCUAUUCUUUUAAUUUCAUUAUGCCUCUGUAGUCAUUCUUAAACAUAUGUCACUCAUGCAUAGGGUUAUAUCAUUGUUCAAAAUAUUUUUUUCAUUGUACCUACCUUUAUCUGUUUCUUAGCACAUUCAAUUUCAUUAGUCAUAAAAUCCAAACCUCUUCAUUUGUCUGUACAUACAUCAUUGCUUUGUUCUCCAUUGAUCAAUCUAUCAUUAUCUUAGUUUCAUUUAUAUAAUUUCAUUAUUAGUUCCAUUCAUAUAAUUUCAUUAUUAGUUUCAUUCAUAUAGUUUCAUUAUUAGUUUCAUUCAUAUAAUUUCAUUAUGUGUAUUAUUUUGUCCUUCAUAAACAAAGGCCUUGCCAUUUGUGUGCAUGUGGCUUAAUUUUUGUAGUUAAUAGUCAUACCAUAACCAGGCAUGGUAAAAAAAAAUUAUUUUUGAAGUGCAGUAAAUGUUUUGAGACCCUUUGUAAUUGAAUCCAAUGAUAUUAAUUAAUAUUUAUAAGGAAAUUUGAUUGCAUAUUUCUGUAUGCUUUUAGUUUAAAACAAAUAAAACUGAGAAAGAAGAAAAAAUAGUGAGGCAAGAAAGGUUUAUUUCACCUUUUACUAAUGCCGUAUUUGCCUAUUUUAAUAACAUAUAAUUUAGUUUAAAAAAUUCAAACAGUCCUAAUAAAUUGUUUUUCAAAAUAACUUUCAUUUUCACUUUCUCUAAUAUUUAAAAACUUUUAGAAAUUGAAAUUUUUUUUCCUUUAAAAUUAGAUGUUAGCUGUUAGGGCUGCAACGUAUUGUGUUGUAUUAGUAGCAUCUAGCUUUUAAUUUUUGAAAUUUUUGUAAAACUUAUAAAAACUAUUAGAAGUCCUCAAAUUUUUCUUACUGACUUAUAUGCUUUUAAAAUUGGCAAGUAACAUAAGUAACUGGUAGAAUUGCCCUAAUGUCAGUCUUUAAUUUAGUUUAACUAUAUUUUACAAAAAGAAAUUUUUAAAUUUUCAGAAAUAAAAUGCUCAAAAUAUAUUAUAUUUUUUGGAAAACAUGUUUAUUUCAUUUUUGAAGUGAUAAAAAUAUGAAUGGUAAAAUGAAUGAUAAAAAUGUAAAAGGAAAAGCAAUUUAAUUGCUAUUUAUUAUCAAAAUCACCUAAUCCAGUGGUCGGCAAAGUGCGGCUCCAGAGCCGCAUGUGGCUCUUUAGCUCCUUAAGUGCGGCUCUAUCACAAAUAUCCACGGAAGACGCAAUAAUAUUUUCAUUUAAAAAAAAACUUGGUAAGAAAAAAAUUAUAUCUUAUUUUGAUAAAUUAAAAUUCUUCUAUAAAUCGAGAACAUGUAUAAUUUUUUGUUUAAGUUAAAAGAUGGAUAGGUAUUUAAAAUUUUAUAUUGUUGUAAAAAUACGUAACAAACAUCGAGUUUAAUUUUAUUAGUUUUCGUAAACGUUAACACAAACCAUCUACAAGCUACCGGCUGAAAUUAUUCGUAUGUUUACGGCGUACUUCGGUGUGAUACAAAGGUACCACAAGCAUGAGCGCGCAUACUUUUUCUGAAGUAGUGGGCAUUGUUCGCAUUAAUAAAUAUUUAUUAAGUAUGAAAUUUAGUUUUAUUUAGUGUAAUAAAAGUUUACUAAAGAAGCAGAUUUGGCUCCCAAUUUUUUAAAAAACUGUUGUAAUGUUCAUAUUUGGCUCUUUGGCUAAUAAGGUAGCCGACCACUGACCUAAUCUAACCCGAGAUGUUAUAUUAGAUGAAAGAAAAAGUUUGUUGACUUUGAUAUCAAACGUUUAACUUAUUACAUUAAUAUUUUGUUUUUAUGAUUAUCUGUUUCAGUGGCAAUAAAUGUGCCUUUUUGUUGAAGCUGAAUAAAUUAAAUUAGUUAAUCAACGAGCAUGGUUACAUUUUAGUUUUAAGGGAACAGAAGUUAAUUCUUCUUUAUAAAUGAUUUAAGUAUUACAUUUCAUAGUUUUAUAUAGCAUUUGAAGUAGAGAAAUUGUUUUGGAAAAUUGGUUAAAUAAAUUUUUUAGACUUCUUUAAUGCUAUGCAAACUCAUAAAUGUUAUUUUAGUUUUGUAACAUUGUUAAGUUGAAUAUGCUUUAGUAAAAUACUAUUCACAUCUAUAUACAAAAUGUAAAAAAAAAUGAGGAAGAAAGUAAAAAUUAUGUGGUAGUAAAAUCUAGCAUGCUAUUAGUCUAUUUUACUAAGCUUCAGCUGAAUGUUUAGUCAGUUAAACGUGAAAUGAAAGCUAAAGCAAAAAUCCUAAAUUAGUCCUACUUAUAUUUUUACUACCACAUUUAACUUUCUUCUGAAUUGUUUAUAUUAUUCUAUAUUAAGUAAUUUAAGGUUUACUUUGAAUAGUGAAAAAUGCAUAACAUUUUACAUGUAUGUAGCUUUUUUCAUCUUUGUCUUUAAAACUCAUAUCUGUUUCUAAUUUAUUCAAUUUUAUCUUUUUUCAAAAUUUAUGUUUUCAAGUGAACAACAUUCUGUUUUGUUUUAUUUUUUAAAUUUGGCUGAUAAAUCAGGGCUCAAAAUUAAAUGAAUAGUAUGCUAUUCUUAUUUUUGGUUUUGUGUUAGGAUUUGUGUUUUUUUUCUUCACAAAAUAGCAGAUUCCACCAUAAUUAUUAACAUUGCACAUUCUCUGUAACAUAAUUUUACAUUUAAAUUUACUUUUUUAAACUUUUUUUCUAUUAAAAUAGAAUUCUGGCAGGUAAACAGACCAGUAAACUGUGCAAAGAGUGCUAAUAUCCUUUAAUUACUGGUCUUUUAAACCAGUGAUUAUAUUUUUUUUAAUUUCUAUUCCUAUAUAAAUUAUUUCUUAAUCAUCACAGUUAAGCUCAUAAUCAUCAACUCACAUAAUAAUUUUGUGCAUUAUCUUAGGAGCUUUACGAAUCUUGGUUAAAUAUUAUUGUUAGCGACCACAAUUUAGUUCAUAAUCAUCACAAUCUUGCUAAUAAUUUUAUACAUUAUCCCAAAGGCUUCACCAUUUUUGGGUAUAUAUUUGUGAACUAGUCUAUUUACUUUUAACAGAAAUGUUUUCAGAAAUAAAUGGUUUGUUUAAGUCACAAAUCACGAAUGCAAGGUAACAAAAAUUCAGAUAAACUUUUUUCUUAUAUAUUUAAAGUAAAAAGAUUUAUUUUGCUUUUAAAAAGAUCUAUUACAUAUUUAAUUCUUUCUAAUGCUAUCUUUAACUAAGGCAAAGUACUUUUUAAAAAAAAAAUUUUUUUUUGUAAAAGCAUGAAUUAAAAAUUAAUUUCCAUAUUGAACGUUUGCAUUCUGUAAUUUCAAAAUUUAAAGCAUUUCUCAGUGAGACAAGGUUUUUUAUAACACUUAGCAAAUACUUAUUUUUUAUUAAAGAAUUUUGUUUCUCACAUGUUAGUUUAUUGAAAAGUGUAAGAAAGGAAUAAGUUUUAAUUUUAUGUAUGCUUGUUUAGGCAGCAUAACAACUAAUUAUGUUAGUUAUAUUAAUUAUGAUUAUUAAUAGCAUAGCAAUUUUUGUGGGUCACACAUCAUAGUUACAUGUUUUGCAAAGGACUGAGUAACACUACUUUGUGGAGUAUAAUUUACUGAUCUGGUUAAACUCUAAUUCUAGUUCUUUAUACUUAUAAGUUCUAUCAGUGAUUUUUUAAAAUAUAUUUUUUUUUUUUACUUUAUUGAAUAAUUUCUUAUCUUAAAAGUGUGCUUGUUUUUUAAAUUAUUAUGACUUGUACAUUUAAUUGAGUUUUAGUCAUUUACUUUAAUAAACUCAGGGUCAUUUUUGUAUUCGAAAAUGAAGGCUUCAAAAUGAAAAACAGAGUUUUAAAAUUUUGUAUUCCAUUUGAUUUCUGUAACUUUAACAGUCAAACUGCUUUAUAAAAAUUGAGACAAAAUUGCUAUAUCAAAUAUAUUUUUGUUAUUUCAGUAUUGCAACUAAACAUUUUCAAUAUUUUUCAGGCAUAAAAUUUUAUUUAAAAUGAAGAAAUUUCAUUCACUAAAAGCAUAUUUCACUUUUUCUUUUCGUUCUUUUUUAUUUUCUUUUAAGUCAAACGAAAUUGCAGUUUAAUUGUUUUAAAAAUAUUUAUUAAUUAUUUUAAAAACAAAAGCUACUGAAUUGUAAGUUAUGGACUUGAAAUGUAAUGUGGAUACUAAAAUUGUAAACAAAUUUUAACAAAAAUACUUAAUUUCAUUAUUUACCCUUUGCUUACAAAGCCUGUCAUUUUCUUGUUAUAUGAGCCACAAGCAAAAGAUUUAUAUAAUUUAUUUAUAUUUCAUGCAAAUAUGUUUCAUAUCAUGUAUAUCACUAGUAUUAACUGUCUUUUUGGCUUAUGGAUGCUUUUCCAAGUGUAAACAACAACAUGCUACCUAUAAAUUGUUACAUUUAUAAUUAAAUCUCAAAUAGAGAUAAAAAAUGUUCAAAACAAAUAAAAUGAAUGUUUUGAGUAUUAUCACCCAUUUUGGAUGCUUUAUUCAUUUCAACACUAUUGUUUCUUUACGGGAUUAUUUUGUGUGUUCUUUACUAUCAUCAACUCUUAAAAAUCUUUACUUAAACAACUAUUGAAAAUUUUAAUGGUAGUGUAAACUCUGCUUUGGUGUGAAAAUUACUAAUAAAUUAAUAACCUGAAUGGCUUCUUAUUUUUUUCUCACUACUAACGCUACUUUUGUUUAGCUUCAUGAGGUUAUGCAUCUAUAAGUGAGCUUUUAUUCCUGUAUGUUUUUUUGUGACUGGUUUUUAAAUUUGUUUAUUUAUAAUUUUAAAAAAGUAAAGCUAUUCUGCUGCUGUCUGUUGUCGGCCUUUUAUCAUUAACCCUUUGCUUACGGCUGGUACAAUACGUGAACCAGAAUGGCUUAAUCUUGCUAAGCGCUAUAAGCGAAAGGUUAAUAUGUUUUUUUAUUUUUAUAUAUAUGUGUGUGUAUUAUAAUGAUUUAAUAAAUAAAACUUAUAUCCAACAAUACACCAAUAUUUCAGAUUUAGAACUGAGCUGAAAAAGUAAUUAAAUACCCUGUCAGUUUUUUUUUUUUUUUCCUUUUAAAUUGGCAUAUUUGAGAUACUUUUUUGUUUAUUGGAUAUAUAUGUUUCUAAUCAAUGAUAAAACAAACUUAUUUUUUUGUUUUUUUUACUUUAGGAAAACCGUGUUGUUGCUAUUGAAUGUAUAACUUGGUAGAUAUCAAUAAACCUCAAAUAAAUAAAUAUAUGUAUAUACACACACACAUAUAUAUAUAUGGUUUUAAAUACAGCUUGAUUAAUAAUCAUAUAUGUUAUAUGGUUGUUCUUAAUGUUGUUGCUAUGUUAUUUGUUAUUAAAAAGUAGGAUCAGUUUAUAUUAUUACAAUCUUUAAUUAUAAACACAUGACCUCUUAAUGAUUAUGCAGGUAGUUUGAAAGCAGUGUGUCCCCUGAUGAAGUACUAUUCUGCAAACACACAUUUAUAUAUUAUAUUUUAUUUUUAAUUAUUAAGAAUUUUUAUCUUAUUUCUAGUUUAUAUAAUACAAAUUUGGUUUCAGCUGCCUUGUGCGCUUUUCCAAUUUGAAUUAGGUAAAGUUUAAGUGUGUUUAUUUACCUUUUAGCUAUCAAUAUUGACUUAGUAAAUUGUAUUGAUUCUGUGAUUGGAUUAUGAAACAUAUUAAGCAGUUUAUUAAG